AUGAUAAAUAUUGAAUUAAUUUCAAAGUUUAAAAAAGUAAUUGGAUAUGAUUUUAAUUGUAUAUUAGUUGGUGAAAUUUUUAAAAGUACAAAUAAACAUUUAUUGAUUGGGACUGUUGAUGGAAAGAUUAUAGUUUAUUUAAAUGAUGAAGAAAUUGAAGUAUUAGAAACAAAGGGUUCAUCAAUACAACAAUUAGAAUUAUUAGACACAACUAAAUUUGGAUCAAUAGAUGUAAUUUCAGGUGAUUCAAAUGGUAAUUUAGUUAUUUUUUCAAAUCAUCAAAUCCUAUAUAGAGAUACUCUCAAUGGUUCAAUCACUUCAAUAAUUACUCACAGACUAUCAAAUAAUGAUUUUAAUAUUGUAGUUGGAGAUAGUUUAGGUUUAGUGACGUCAAUAAAACCACAUCAAAAUGCAAUUUGGAGAUAUAAAAUACCAAGUGUAAAUCAAACUUUAAAUUCAUUAAUAGAUUCAGAUAUUAUUGCAAUUAAUCCAAAUAUAAAAAUUAAUUAUGAUACAACAAAUACUAUUGGAACAUCAUUACAUAUAAAGGAUAUGAAAUCAGUUGAAGGAUAUGAUAUGUUUAAAAAUAAAUUCAAUUAUUUAGUCAUUAGUGAAAAUGCAUCAUUUAUUCAUAUACUUGAUCAAGGUAAAAGAUUAUGUUCAAUUCCAACACCAUCACCUGUUAAUUGUAUGUGUAUUGGUUAUUUUGAUUCAAACCUUUCAACAUCAUCACCAUCAUCAAAUGCUUCUUCAAAUUCAAAUUCAACUUCUUCAUCUUCAGCUUCAUUAUCACCACAAAUAGCUUUAGGUUGUGAGAAUGGUUUCAUAUAUUUAUUAGUUGAUUUUAAAAUAUAUCCUUAUUGUCAAAUUGGUUAUCCGAUUACAAAAUUAAAUAAAAUGAAAUACUCUGAUAUAAAUAAUAAUGAUAAUGAUAAUAAUUAUAAUGGUAAUAAUAAUUCAAAUGGUGAUGAUGAUGAUGAUGAUGUUGACGAUGAUUUAGAUAUUUUGAUAUGUACUGGUUAUUUUAAUUCAAUAAAAAUGUUUUAUAAUAAAGAGGUAAUAUGUGACCAUUCAUUGGAUGAUUGGUGUCACACCCUGUCUAUUGGUCAAGUUGAAAAUAAUGGUGAUAAGACGAUUGUAAUUGGAAAAUUAGAUAAUACUAUAGAAUAUUUAAAACCUACGAAACUAAUUAAAAAAGAAACAUUACAUCCACCAUUAUAA